AUGUUCUUUUCUGGAACUCUGCAGGAAGGUAUCGCUUUAGCGGUCUCGCAAGCUAAAGCGGUAAUAUGCUUUGUUCGAGAUGAGCUCCACCGUUAUCCACUUGCUAACCAGCUGGAUGUAUUUUCAACAGAUAAUGACCAAACAAGUAACCUCUGGGAAGAGGAUUAUUUCGCUGACAAGGAUUUUGCGCAAUUACUCGGAUCGAGAUCUGUCCUGUUGCGACUCACCAAGGAUUCCCAAGAAGCUACAUUCUUGACGUCCUUUUGUCCCGUAACGAAAUUCCCUGCUGUUGUGGUGAUCAAGAAUGGAAUGCUGCGGGAAUAUCUUGUGCCGGAUAUCUCGAAGGAUGACUUUCAUAGUCGGCUGAAGGCUGUUCUAGAGGACAGUAAACCGACCACGCAGCCCAGUCUGAACUCACCGGCGCAGGGUGCUCAGGGCCAUACUGCGAACCCAUCCACCAGUUCACACACAGCGUCUGCGACUGCACCGCAGUCUGAACCUUCACCAGCUCCUGCCGCCGCUGUCCCGGCGCGAGCGCCAGCUUCAACUGAGCCGCCAGUAACUGGAUCGCAAAGGCGACCAGAUCAACUGGAAUAUAACAGUCUACGUGCCGGCGGGAGGACGUACAGAGUAGAAACACCUAGCCAGGCACAAAAACCCCAGCCAAAGAAGCAAGAAACGCCGAAACCACAAGGAAUAGGCAAACCCAAAGAUAGCACGGAAGAGCAGAAGGAGCCAGAAACGAAAGCUACGAAACGCAGUGCAUCCGUCGAAAGAACCAACACACCCGCAGAUGAGCGCAAACCGCAAGCCCCAACACCGCCCAAACAAUAUCGACUUCAAGUCCGUCUGUUCGAUGGAAGUUCCAUCCGAUCCAGCUUUUCACCUUCGCAAACCAUCCGUGGAGAUGUCCGUCCUUGGAUUGACAGUCAGCCUGGGGAUGAAAAGCGCCCAUAUAAUCUCAAACACAUCCUGACUCCCCUGCCGAAUCGGACGCUUACUAUCGCCGAGGAAGAACAGACGCUCGCAGAGCUCGGACUAGGCUCCACGGCAAAUCUUGUAAUGGUCCCGAUCAAUACGUAUACGGAGGCCUAUUCGGCCACUGGAUCCAGCUUACCGGCCCGGGCUGUAUCGUCUGCAUAUGGACUUGUAUCCUCUGCGGUUGGCACCGCCACGGGUCUUGUAGGCUCCUUCUUUGGCUAUGGUCAACCAACUCCGAGUCCGUCUGCGACCUCCCAGGCCAGCACAUCUUCUCCGUCUCCGUCUGGCGAUGGCGCAUCUAGGCCACGGCCAUCUUCAUCGAGAGGUCCUAUUAUCCGGACUCUGAGAGACCAACGCAAUGAACAGAAUGAUAGCCAAUUCUACAAUGGAAAUCAGCUUAAUUUCGAGCCUCGACAAGACAGCGGCAGGUGA